UGAUGACAUUCCAACAAUAGCCACAAAGAUGCAACUUUCUGUCGAGCGCAGCACCUAUCCUUCUGCAGAAUCCGCCCCAACUCUCGAAAACCUGCCUAUACUCCGGACAACGCUUGGUCAAAAAUUAUGAGACCACUCCACGAAGAACUGGCCGAUGAGCUGCUGUCGUUGUACAGGUUCAUGGUCACUCUGCACAUCCCAGAGGAAGCACUCAAAAUUCCACCUCCUGGUGGCUGGCGGGAUGAUACAAUCAGAGCUCGUUUUGAGCCCGGGGAAAAGGACGAAGCCGUCAUCAAGUUGUUAAGGCACAUUCCCUACAUCGCUUCCAAAAUCGAAGGCUACCAGAUAUGGGAAGGCUGCGAAUGCAACAACUUCACUGAAACUAGCAAAGACUUCUUUGACCCGCUUGAGGAGAUCAUGGACACUUGCAAUUGGGAGCCGUUGAAAGUCGAGCGAGGGAAAUACCUUGCGACGCUUGGGAAAUCUGCUGGACGGAAUGGUUGGUACAUUUUUUGCGACGUCAGAACCCGCGAGGUCAUCCACGUGGACUUUCAGGAGGGUGCAAUCGCACCUGAAGCAUCUCCUCGGAUAUUUGCGGAGACAACCAAAGAGUCUUUUCGAAAGCUGGAUGCAUACCCCAUUCGUCCGAACAAAGUAUGCUUGGCUGCAAUGACCGGGAAAGACGAGAUGAGCGAGAUCCGCAAAGUUUUCGACAAGCAUGGAUGGCCAGGAGAAGCCUUUCGAAAAUCAGAGUGCCUAGAAGACCUGGCCAACUUUUGAAUGCUGGCGAAACAUAAGCACAUCGUGAUAGCGAGCUCUGCUUUGUUCUAGUGCCUUGAACAAAACACGCCAUCUGUAGCGAUCUGUCGGCGCAUGCAGGACCCGGUAUCGGGAAGCGCCAGUCUUGCUUACUGUGCCCUUGCACGCUCAAUGCACGUGAUUGAAACGGCCCUCCAGCCUCGCUGAGAUGACUCAAGCUCAGUCGUGACGUGCAGCAUUGUCUCGGCUCUUUGGACUCGCAGUCUUUACAUCUUUUGUUGGACAUAUUAGACGCUUUCCCGACUCGGCACAAGGAGAUUCGGCUCUCGAAUAAAUACGAUGAAGCACAAUUCAAGCGUUUACGUGAGAUAUUCGUUAAGCAAGGUUGGCCUAUGGAGAACUAUAGGAAGGGUGAAUGUCUUGCUGAACUCGCUGCAAUAUGAGCCAAUGCGCUUCAAACACCUGUUGCGCUUACAUGACAUGCAUUCUAUACUUUCAACGACCACAUCUGAGAUCGUAUCACCGAGUAUUACCGCUGAAACCUCGAAUACAGAGUUUGACAGCCGGAUCCAGAUGUUGAUUCGCUCUACGAUCUAUGAGCAUCUCGUCUAGGCAACUACUCUUGAACGGACUCGAACAAGCGGCUAUUAAAGUUC